CCAAGCUUAACUGUUGUUGAGAUGAAACUUGAAUAUAUCAGAGAGAGAUAUUGAUGACAAUCAGAAGAGGAAUCUUUAACCCCAUGGUUAUAUGAUGGAUGAGUCUUACUGUAUUAGGAACUUUAAGCUAUUGCCUUCUGAUUGAAUUGUUCUGGUUCAUGCAUAUGUGCAUCCUGUCUAUGGAAUGAAAGAGGCAAAGGGCAAAGGGACCACUGAACUAUAUGUGUCUGCCAUUUCCAUUUUCAUCUAAAAAAUAUUGUAUGGGAUGCAAUUGUCCUUGUACUCCGUCUGAUGCAUAUCUGAAGUACCUGAAUUAUCCAUUUUGUUGGUCAUGGUUAAAUUUCAAAAGCAGCACUACUAAGGUUUCCGGGUAUAUCUGACCAAGAAUUCGUGCUGAGGGGUUUCUCUUUGUUGCAUCAAAGACAUCGAAGCAUAUCAAGCAGCAGAUCUUGUCUGAGAUGAGCAACAUCCGACCAGAGAAAGCACCAUGUGAACUCAGAAAAAUGGAUCCAAUGGCCACAAAUUAUUUCAAUGCAACUAGUAACCCAUUAUUUGAGCAUGCAGAUAGGGUUCAAAUUGCCAAUAAUGGUAUUGAUUCCAGCAUUAACCCUCCACGUGAACCCAGAAAAAUGGAUCCAAAUUACAAAACUAGCUUUAAUUUAAUUAGCAACUCAACCUCACUGCCAUGUCCAAGAACACUUACAAAUUCAGAAACAACAACAGUGACAUCAAUGUUUACAACAGCAACAGCAACAGCAGGACCGACAGUAGCAACUACACCAAUGAGCACAAAGACAAGUGACGCAAAGCGAAGUGAUCCAGUCACCCACGUAGGCCGACCAAGCUCCAAUGGCACUCACAGUGACAGCUUAGAGAGCUCUAGUGCACCGCUCAAACCCCACACUGGUGGUGAUUGUCGGUGGGAGGCCAUUCAAUUGGCUACUGCCAGAGAUGCUUCGCUUGGCCUCGGCCAUUUUCGGCUCCUUAAGCGGCUUGGUUAUGGUGACAUUGGAAGUGUAUAUCUUGUUGAACUAAGAGGAACCAACACAUUCUUUGCCAUGAAAGUGAUGGACAAGGCAUCGCUUGCUGGUAGAAACAAGCUUCUCCGUGCACAGACAGAAAAGGAGAUUCUUGGUCUUCUUGAUCACCCCUUCUUACCCACUCUGUAUUCUUCCUUUGAGACAGAUAAAUUCUAUUGUUUGGUUAUGGAAUUCUGCAGUGGGGGUAAUCUUCAUUCUCUUCGACAGAAACAGCCCAAUAAGUAUUUCAGUGAGCAAGCUGCACGGUUUUAUGCAUCAGAAAUACUGCUGGCACUUGAGUAUCUGCACAUGCUGGGCAUAGUAUACAGGGACCUGAAGCCAGAGAAUGUGCUAGUAAGGGAGGAGGGCCAUAUCAUGCUCUCUGACUUUGACCUCUCGCUCCGCUGUUCUGUCAACCCGAUGCUUGUAAAGUCUUCAUCCGGCCAUGUAAGCAACAGUGCUAUUCUCAAUGAUGAAUUUGCAGUACAUGGGUGUAUCCAGCCAUCAUCAUUUUUCCCACGAAUACUACCUAAGAAAAAUCGUAAAUCUAAAUCAGAUUUUGGUCUGUUCGCUGGUGGAUCCCUCCCAGAGCUGAUGGCAGAACCUACAAAUGCACGCUCAAUGUCUUUUGUUGGGACACAUGAAUACCUAGCCCCAGAAAUCAUACGUGGUGAAGGCCAUGGUAGUGCAGUUGAUUGGUGGACAUUUGGCAUUUUCCUAUAUGAACUGUUGCAUGGGACAACCCCUUUCAAGGGAUCAGGCAAUCGUGCCACGCUUUUUAAUGUGGUGGACCAGCCACUGAUGUUCCCAGAUGUACCAGCUGUGAGCCUCGCCGCUCAGGACCUUAUCCGUGGUCUCUUGGUAAAGGAUCCACAAAGGCGAAUUGCUUACACAAGGGGUGCAACAGAGAUUAAACAACAUCCAUUCUUUGAGGGAGUGAACUGGGCCUUGGUGAGGAGCAGCAUGCCGCCCCACAUACCCGAGCCUGUGGAUUUUGGACAGUUUGCCAGUAAAGAGGCAGCCCACUUGGAGAAGAAAGCAGAAAAUGGUGGUGAUGUAAAUAAUAACAGUUCUAAUGGUACUGACACUGAUUUUGAAUAUUUCUAGGAUAAACAGGGUUCUUAUUUGAUGAUGACAAUCAUACACAUCUUUGGAGGGAUAUGAUCUUGUAACAUCUUCAAGGAAGUGAAGUGUUUGAGGGUUGUCUCUUUGACAUUGACAUUACACAUGAAUUUUU